CAACGUUGUAUUAAUUGUUAACGUCAAAAGAAGAAAAACCUGAAAUAUGUUAAUGUAAACAAAAAUAACCUAUAUGUGUUUGAAUUUGAAAUAUUUAAAAAAUGGACGAUUUAAGACCACAUCAAAUUGAAUUACAACAACUUGGUGAGCUAGCUGGAAUUCAUAUGGAUUUCAAAGUGUUUAGAUUGAUUAUAGAAUUACUUAAUAUGGGUUACAAUGCAGAUAUCAUCUACAGUUUAUUAAAAAUCAUUAAAAGGUCUCGAAAUCCAAAAACAAGAGCAGCUGUAGCAUCUCAACCAAAAACACUUUCUCAGAAAGUAAAAAAUGCAAAUGAGAAAAAAUCUUAGCAAUAACCAUUGUUUAUUUUUCUGUAAUAUUUCAG